CGUCAUCUCGCCUGCUGAACCCCGACCCUGACCCUGGUGGCGGCCCUUUCGUACCCUGCCCUACCUUGACCUGACCUUUCCCCCCCACCCCCUUGUCACAGCACCCCUUGACCCUUGAAUUGGCACCGAGGACAAAAAUGGCGCGAGUGUCCAUCUGCUUGGCUCUAUUGGCACUGCUAUCAACCUUCAGCAGUGCCACAAACAACUGCACCGCCGGGGAGUCCAGACGGAAGCGCAUGAUCUACAUGGACUCCAACCGCCGCCUGACGCUGCCGCCAAACACCUUGCUCAUCCUGACUCCCACACUCAGCCUUCCCUUCGGCAGGAACCUCCCCCUCGGAUACGGCUCCUCCAUGACCAUCUCCGUGCCAUUCAAGAUUGACUUUGAACAGCUUGGCCUGACCUCUGAGGAGAACCCUUUUGGCAUCUUUCCCGACUUCUUCUUUCGACGGAAGCGUGACGCAGAUCUGCCUGGCAUCAACUGGGCAGGGGGUGACAGGGAGAUGAUGUUCCAGAUAAUUGAAGACUCCCUGCACAACCUGGGCAUGGAGGGACAGGGCUGCUUGCUGCGGGCGAUCUGCGAGAUGUUCCAGGCACCGCUUGUCAACCAUGGCUUUGUGGGGGAGUUUCUCGAGCUGUUCCUGAGUGUCAGCCGCUCCCCGUAUGCCGACAAAAGACUCGGCGAAUAUUUGGCAGCUGAGCGGAUUGGUCGGUCAAGUGGGGACUGCUCAGAGUACCACCAGAUGUGUCCACACUCUCUAUUUACCACCUCCUAUAACACCAAAGUGUCAGAGGAUGAGGCAGGCAGUGGUGGCACCAGGCAGGAGGGCAGUACAGCAGGAGCAGCCUCAGAGCAACAAGCAGGGAGGAAGGAGGGUGGCGGAGUGAGGCAGUACCCGAGCGUUACCCGUACCAAGAAGAAGAAGAAGAGGUGUUACCAGCAGCACACUUAAUGCUGGAGGCAUGAACACAUGGAUGGAUGGAUGGGUGCAAGACCUUAGUGACCUGAAGACUGAUAAUGAACUUGUAACUAUGUAUGGUCCAGCUGAGUGACCCAGGCUUGCACGUUCAAAGGACUGGGGCUUUCCUUUUGACCAUUUUUUAAGGCAUUAGAGAAGAUUAGUCUGGUUCUAGUGAGUGUUUUCCCAUCCAUGGUGAAUAAGUCUUGCCAAACUACCACAAGAAGCAUGAAUACCACCCAUGGAAAUCCCUAAGGUCCCAGUCACACUGACUUAAUGACCUAAUGACGACCACCCGCAACCUACAGGUCGUGGGAAGUGGCACAUGGUCAUGCGUGCGCUCGUCUUGUGUCUUGGUCCGCCGCAUGACCGAAAAGGUCAGCUGGAUGUUUUAGGUACUACACCAAAACCUGCAGCCGACCUCUCAGGUCUCUGCCGGUCGUAAAAAGGUUGCCGUCCGCUGGCCAAAUGGACUGCGUCUGAACUGCAAGCGGACUGCCACCGGUGGCCGACGUAUGAUCAUUAACUGGUGAACAGCGACCGGAUGGCGAGCAGACGCUGUGUGGUUGCUGUCAGGUAGUAGGGGGUUGCUGAUGUUCGCCGUCCACUUUGCUUCUGUCAUUGGCCGUGGUUGACGUCCGGCCUUCCAUCACACAGCGAGUUGUGCGGCGACCGGUGGUAGGUCAAACCACCCUUGACCGGAAAUGAGGUACGUUCUUGAGCAGUGACGCCCCACGCCCCUCAGCCCGUCCAAGCUACCAUGGAGGUAAAAUUUCUACCUCCAUGGUCCCGACUCACUUGCUCCACAGGUCAAGCACACGGCCAAAUGCGUAUGGAUCACCUUUGCCGAACAAAAAUAAAGUACUGCAGGACAUAAUGUGUGAAGCAAAUGAUGAGAGUCUGUGGAACUAAUGGUUUUUAUCCAUUUUAAAAAGGACUGUUAAUUUAAUUUUCUACUCUGCCCAGGUUGAUGGAGAUGGUUUAGAACGAAUAUAAUGUAACAUACAUACUAACAUACAGAUUAAACCAAGAUUGCUUGGAGCAUUUUUUGCAUGUCUAUGGCAGAUGGGGAGGGGGGGGUGGGGUCACAACCAUCCAUCACCUGCAGCAGUGAAGCACAGAAUACUUUCAUUACCUUUUAUAAGUAAUUAUUUUUUCACAAAUAAUUUACAGAAGAAAGAGAAAUUUGUAAUAUAACUGGAUGAUAAUAUUGCUGGAACAACUGAUAAUAACGUAUGAACGGAAAAUUCUCCUAGAGUAGGACAGUGCAGAGCACGUCACCAGCAGGUCGUUACGGGAGAUCGCCGUCCUCAUUACGACAGGACGCGUACUGGUCCUUGCCUGUCAGUCACCGGUCGGCGUGUGGGGGGCGUCUUGGGCUGACUCCAGGUGUGAAUCUUACCAUGGUCGCUGUCCGGCCACCCACUGGACGGCCACUAAACGACCGCCGGUAGCCGUUCGAUCGCACGAUUACUCUGCCACUUAUAUGGUCAGGAAGCGGCGGGUGUGAAUCGCAACAUUUUGGGGUUGCGGGUUAGCAGGUCGUAAAGUCAGUGUGACUAUAGCUUAAAAGCAAUACUGGAACCUUUAAUAAUUGAUUUACUAUGGUGAUAAAACGUUUAAGAAUAUGUGCCCUCUUCUGAGUCCUGAAGAGGUGGACUGGUGUGGCCAGGAGGGACUGAGAGGUAGAUCAGUUCUGACAGCCUUAACCAAUGCCUUGUAUAUGGAAUGAUGGCCAUUACCUCCCUUACUCUGACUUGCAAUUUAUCAACAAAUCAAAAACAAAGGCUGCUUAUCAACUUUUCUCUUAAGCAGAAUUCCAUAUACUUCCAUCCCUAUUAUAUACUACUCUUUUCUUAGCCAAUUUGUGCCAUACUAUUACUAACAGAAAACAAUUCAUGUGUUGGAUGUGCUGGCCAUCGUCCCAUAAAAGGGGCUCAUAGAAAGCUUGCAGGAAACAUGCAGGGCCUGGCAGACUGACAGUGUUGGAACUGAUCUCAAGAAAGGAAGGAUUUAGGAAAGGACGGCUUGUAAUAUGGGCAUCAGUCUCAAAUAGGCAAAGUUAUUCUCUCUCUCUCUCUCUCUCUCUCUCUCUCUCUCUCUCUCUCUCUCUCUCUCUCUCUCUCUCUC